CAGCCUGUCGAUUUUUUUCAGUCACGUCCGUAAGCCUGUCUAUAACCAGGGGACGACCUCACACUUAUUCAUCAGAUGUCCCUGUGACCCUCUGCUGCUGUAGCGUCCAGCAGCUUUCUUCUCAACCAUGCUCCGGACCGCGUCUCUGACCUCGGACGGUCGCCCUUCAUCCAGUGGCAGUACCUUACCACAAAGUCCUACAGUGGCCGCUUCUGUUGGCCUGAGCCACGCAGACGGACCUCUCUCGCCAGGGUCUCUCAACGAUGGAGGCCGACAUGGUUCUUUGACCCCAAUUGCUGCUGCUCACCCUUCCCAAGAUGAGGAUGCAAAGAUUUAUCUUGAACUCCAGGAUGGCCAGGUUUUCGAAGGCCUGAGUUUUGGUGCUCCCAAGAGCAUAUCUGGAGAACUGGUCUUCCAGACGGGAAUGGUCGGCUACCCAGAGUCUGUCACUGAUCCAUCUUACCGUGGCCAAAUCUUGGUCAUCACUUUUCCUCUAGUCGGCAACUAUGGCGUCCCUUCCAGGGAAACUCUAGAUGAGUUGCUUGGCGACCUGCCAAAACAUUUCGAGUCGGAUGAGAUCCACAUUGGCGGACUUGUAGUUGCCUCAUAUGCCGGGGAGGCAUAUUCUCAUCACCUGGCCACAUCAUCUCUCGGCACUUGGCUUAAGGAAGAAGGCAUUCCGGCUAUGUACGGCGUUGACACCCGAGCGUUGACCAAGAUCAUCCGGGAAGAGGGCAGCAUGCUCGGUCGAAUGUUGUAUGCAUCGCCGUCCUCGCAUUCUAAACUCGCCAAUGGCACUAAAGCCGACUCCCAGCCUAAUGGCGAGGUUAUGAUGGGCCCUGUCAAUUGGCGAGAGCAAGUUGAAGAGGUUGGAUGGCACGAUCAGAACAAGAGAAACCUAGUGGCAGAAGUUUCUGUGAAGAAACCUCGAGUCAUCUCGCCUCCAAAAAGCAGAGCAGUCCUGCAUCCCUCUGGCAGACCAAUCCGAGUAGUGGUGGUGGAUGUUGGUCUGAAGUACAACCAAUUACGAUGCCUCCUCGCUCGCGGCGUCGAGGUCCUUGUCGUGCCAUGGGACUACAAUUUCCCGGAGCUUGCUGGGAAAGAUUAUGAUGGGCUGUUCAUCUCCAAUGGACCGGGUGACCCGGCAAUGAUGACUGCCACAAUUAAGCACAUCUCACAGGCAAUGGCCGAAGGACGGACUCCGAUAUUUGGCAUCUGUCUCGGCCACCAGCUCCUUGCUCGUGCAGCUGGAGCCAACACAUUGAAGAUGAAGUUUGGCAAUCGUGGUCACAACAUUCCCUGCACCAAUCUCUUGUCUGGCCGCUGCUACAUCACCUCCCAGAAUCACGGUUUCGCCGUUGACUCCAUGACACUGCCCGAAGGCUGGGAAGAAUUGUUUGUCAACGCCAACGACGGCAGCAAUGAAGGCAUUCGUCACGUUUCCCGUCCAUACUUCAGCGUUCAAUUCCACCCAGAGUCGACUCCCGGGCCCCGAGACACAGAAUUUCUCUUUGACGUCUUCAUUGACGCAAUCAUGAAAAGUGUCGAAUCUGUGGAGGCUUUGCUUAAGCCUGUUACAUUCCCAGGUGGCACGAUUGAAGAGAACGACAAGGCACAUCCACGAGUCAAGGUCAAGAAGGUCCUUGUUCUUGGAAGUGGUGGUCUCAGCAUUGGUCAAGCCGGUGAAUUCGACUACUCGGGCAGCCAAGCUAUCAAAGCCUUGAAACAAGAAGGCAUCUACACCGUUCUGAUCAACCCAAACAUUGCCACAAUUCAGACUUCUAAAGGUCUAGCAGACAAGGUGUACUUCCUCCCAGUCAAUGCCGAUUUUGUCCGCAAGGUCAUCAAACACGAGCGACCCGAUGGCAUCUACUGUACAUUUGGAGGCCAGACUGCUUUACAAGUCGGAAUUCAGCUCAAGGACGAGUUCGAAGCGCUUGGAGUGCAGGUUCUGGGGACGCCGAUUGAAACGAUCAUCACGACAGAGGACCGAGAACUGUUCGCCAGGAGUAUGGAGUCGAUCGGAGAGAAAUGUGCAAAAUCGGCUUCAGCCUCAACUCUGGAUGAAGCGAUGCAUGCUGUCCAAGACAUCGGCUUCCCAGUCAUCGUCCGAGCUGCUUAUGCACUCGGAGGUCUGGGUAGUGGGUUUGCCGAGAAUCCUGAUCAGCUCCGUGAGCUGUGUACCAAAGCCUUCGCCGCCAGCCCACAGGUUCUCAUCGAACGGAGUAUGAAAGGCUGGAAAGAAAUCGAAUACGAAGUCGUACGUGACGCGCGGGACAACUGCAUUACGGUCUGCAAUAUGGAAAAUUUCGAUCCUCUUGGUAUUCACACUGGAGACUCCAUUGUCGUCGCACCUUCACAGACCCUGUCGGAUGAGGACUACAACAUGCUCCGCACAACAGCCGUCAAUGUUAUUCGGCACCUUGGGGUCGUUGGGGAGUGUAACAUUCAGUAUGCGCUUAACCCCUUCUCCAAGGAAUACUGCAUCAUCGAAGUCAAUGCCAGACUGUCCCGGUCGUCGGCUUUAGCCUCAAAAGCUACUGGGUACCCACUGGCCUUUAUCGCUGCAAAGCUCGGACUGGGUAUUCCGUUGAACGAGAUCUCCAACUCGGUCACAAAGAAGACAUGUGCAUGCUUCGAGCCGUCGCUCGAUUAUGUGGUUGUCAAGAUCCCCAGAUGGGACCUGAAGAAAUUCACCAGAGUCUCCACUCAGCUUGGUUCUUCCAUGAAGAGUGUGGGUGAAGUCAUGGCCAUUGGCAGGACCUUCGAAGAAGCCAUCCAGAAAGCUAUUCGCUCAGUCGAUUUCCACAAUCUUGGCUUUUCUGACAUCUCCAACCCCUUGAUGUCUGUUGACGAUGAGCUUCAAACUCCAUCUGACCAGCGGAUGUUUGCUAUUGCAAACGCCAUGCAUGCUGGUUACAGUGUGGACAAAAUCUGGGAAAUGACCAAGAUUGACAAGUGGUUUUUGUCGAGGCUCAAAGGCCUGAGUGAUUUUGGAAAAUUGAUGUCCAAGUUCAGCGCUUCAACAAUUCCCCCGUCCUUGAUCCGGCAGGCAAAGCAGCUUGGCUUCUCCGACAGGCAGCUGGCUCGAUACUGGAACUCGAAUGAACUUGCAGUCAGGCGUCUGAGAGCGGAAGCAGGUAUCCAGCCUGUUGUGAAACAAAUUGAUACUGUGGCUGCAGAAUUUCCAGCUUAUACCAACUACCUGUACCUGACAUACAAUGGAACGGAGAACGACAUUACGUUUGAAGAUCAUGGUAUUAUGGUACUUGGCUCCGGCGUCUAUCGGAUCGGCUCCUCUGUGGAGUUCGAUUGGUGUUCAGUAAGAGCAAUCCGCACUCUUCGAAAAGAAGGAUACAAGACUGUCAUGGUCAAUUAUAACCCCGAGACGGUUAGCACCGAUUAUGAUGAAGCCGACAAAUUGUAUUUCGAAAACAUCAACCUCGAGACUGUCCUAGACAUCUAUCAACUCGAAGCAGCGAGUGGCGUGAUCAUCAGCAUGGGUGGCCAGACACCCAACAACAUUGCGCUGCCAUUGCACAGACUGAACGUGAAGAUUCUCGGCACGUCUCCAGAGAUGAUUGACUCAGCGGAGAAUAGGUACAAAUUCUCUCGGAUGCUGGACCGGAUUGGCGUUGAUCAGCCAUCAUGGAAAGAGUUGACGAGCAUCGACGAGGCCCUCGAAUUUUGUGAAAAGGUGAAAUAUCCCGUGCUGGUACGUCCGUCAUACGUGCUGUCCGGUGCGGCGAUGAACACAGUAUACUCAAAAGACGACCUCGAAAACUAUCUCAACCAAGCUGUGGACGUGUCGAGAGAUCACCCUGUGGUCAUCACUAAGUACAUCGAGAAUGCUAAAGAAAUCGAAAUGGACGCUGUGGCGAAGGACGGUGUCAUGACGGGCCAUUUCAUCUCUGAGCACGUUGAGAAUGCUGGCGUCCACUCUGGAGAUGCAACUCUGAUCUGUCCACCACAAGAUCUUGAGCCGGAAACCAUUGCCAGAAUCGAAGAAGCCACGCGGAAGAUUGGUAAUGCUUUGAAUGUGACAGGCCCCUUCAACAUUCAAUUCAUUGCCAAAGACAACGAAAUCAAAGUCAUCGAAUGCAAUGUUCGAGCUUCGAGGUCCACCCCGUUUGUUUCUAAGGUCAUGGGCUUGGAUUUGAUCGAGAUGGCCACCAAAGUCAUCAUGGACAGACCUGUCACACCUUAUCCACCGAUCAACAUCCCCGCAGACUAUGUAGGCGUCAAAGCGCCGCAAUUCUCAUUUUCACGUUUGUCGGGAGCUGAUCCCGUCUUGGGUGUUGAGAUGGCAUCGACUGGGGAAGUUGCCUGCUUUGGCCGCGACCGGUUUGAGGCCUACAUCAAAGCAACCAUCUCCACUGGCUUCAAAUUACCCGAGAAGAAUAUUCUCCUUUCCAUCGGAUCGUUCAAGGAUAAGAUGGAGAUGCUGCCAUCUGUUCGCAAGCUCCAUCAAUUGGGCUACAAUCUCUUCGCCACUGCUGGAACUGCCGACUUUCUCGAGGAACACGGUAUCAAAGCGAAAUACCUGGAAGUGCUUGGAAGUGAUGAGAAGGACCAGAAAUCGGAGUACUCACUGACGCAGCAUUUGGCCAACAACAAGAUCGACCUGUACAUCAAUCUACCUUCCAGUAACCGAUUCAGACGUCCUGCAAACUACAUGAGCAAGGGCUAUCGGACUAGGCGAAUGGCAGUCGACUACCAGACACCAUUGAUCACGAAUGUCAAGAUUGCGAAAAUCCUGAUCGAAGCACUUGCCAGACACUACGACCUCAACGUCCGCAACAUUGACUUCCAGACGAGUCACCAAACCGCCGUACUCCCUGGACUCAUCAAUGUCGCUGCUUUCGUCCCCGGUGUUGCGCAAAAGGGGUCGCAUGAUUUCAGCCUCCUCACCAAAGCCUCCAUUGCUGCUGGGUUCAGCAUGAUUCGAGUCAUGCCAGUUGGCAUCGACAGUGCUAUCACCGACGCCAGGUCAUUGAAGGUUGCCCAGUCUAAUGCAGAAGCUGGAUCUUAUUGCGACUUCAACUACUCGGUUGCAGCAACAGACUCAAAUUCGGAGCAAAUUGUGCACGUUCAAGGCGAAGUCGGGUCAUUAUUCAUUCCGUUCAAUCACCUUUCCGGCAACAUCAACAAAGUUGCGACGGUAACUGCGCAUUUCGGUAUUUGGCCAGAAUACAAGCCUAUCGUAACAGAUGCGAAGACUACAGACCUGGCUUCUAUCCUUCUUCUGGCCAGUCUCCAUGACAGGAAGGUGCACGUCAUGAAUGUGACUUCCAAGGACGAUAUCAGCUUGAUCGCUCUAUCAAAAGAAAAGGGCUUGAAAGUCACAUGCGAUGUGUCCAUCUACAGCCUUUUCCUUUCACAAGUCGACUAUCCAGAGUGUUCAGCACUGCCUUCAAUCACAGAUCAGAAAGCCCUGUGGGACCACUUGCCAACUAUCGAUGUAUUCUCCAUUGGUAGCAUUCCAUAUCAGAUUGCUGGGGAGAAUGCUGUACCUACGGUUGGUAUUGCAGACGCCCUUCCAUUGCUGCUCACGGCAGUUGCAGAAGGGAAGAUGACUAUGGAGGAUGUGACCAAGCGUCUUCAUGACAACCCCAAAGCCAUUUUCGAGUUACAUGAGCAGAGCAACACUUCAAUCGAGAUAGACAUUGACCGGCCAUACGUUCUCCAGGCCGGACCCGUCUGGUCUCCCUUUGUCGGAAGAACGUUGCGUGGUGCAGUAUCAAGAGUCGUGUUUCAGGGCAAGACGGUUUGUCUCGACGGUGAGCUCUCGCUGGAUGAACCACGAGGUGCAGAUAUGUCAUCUCAUCUCCUUUCUCCGACUUCGCCAGUGGUUGGGCCGACUUCUCCAGUCUUGCGUGCUCAAGCAGAAACUCCUUUCGAUCGACGUUCUUCCCUCCUCGAGGUUGCUGCCAACAGACGAGUUUCGAUGACUGCCCGAAGUCGGCCGAUAACUCGAGCUCGAAGUAAUAUGGAUGAGGUGCUGGAGGAGACAAGUGGUCCUGCUCUUCCCACUGCACCAUUUAGACAGCCAGCAGCUCCGUCGACGAUCUCGCCAUCUCUGCUCUCGCUUCUCGCUUCCUCACCUUUCAAAAACCGUCAUGUACUUUCCGUCAGACAGUACACUCGUCAGGAUUUGCACAUUCUCUUCACUGUUGCUCAAGAAAUGCGAUUGGGAGUCCAGAGACAAGGUAUCCUACCAAUCUUGCAGUCCAAAGUGCUCUGCACCAUGUUCUAUGAGCCGAGCACCCGCACUUCAGCGUCCUUUGAUGCUGCUAUGCAGCGUUUGGGUGGUCGCACCAUUGCUAUCAACACAGAUCACUCCAGCACGCAGAAAGGCGAGACGUUGCAAGACAGCAUCCGCACCCUAGGCUGCUAUGGUGAUGCAGUCGUCCUCCGACACCCAGACAAUGAAUCUGCCUCGACCGCUGCUAAAUACUCCCCGGUGCCAAUCAUCAAUGGUGGCAACGGGAGCCGGGAGCACCCGACACAGGCGUUUUUGGACCUGUUCACCAUUCGAGAAGAGCUCGGUACGGUUACCGGCCUGACGGUGACUUUCACUGGUGAUCUCAAAUAUGGUCGCACGGUGCAUUCCUUGGUCAGGUUGCUUCAAUAUUACGAAGUCCGAAUCAACUUGGUCGCACCCAAGGACCUUGCUCUUCCCGAGGAGGUUCGAGAGCAAAUCGUGGCGUCCGGUCAGCUAGCUGUUGAAUCCGAGACUUUGACUCCCGAGAUCGUCGCUAAGAGCGAUGUCCUCUACUGCACCAGGGUCCAAAAGGAACGUUUCCCCAGUCUCGAAGAAUAUGAGCGUCUCAAGGACAGCCUGAUUGUGGACAACAGUGUUCUGAAGCACGCCAAAUCCACCAUGAUCGUCAUGCAUCCACUCCCACGCAACCGCGAAAUCAGUGAGGAGGUGGACUUUGAUCAGCGUGCUGCAUACUUCAGACAGAUGCGGUAUGGGUUGUACACCAGAAUGGCGCUUUUGGCUUUGGUGCUUGCAUCGUAAUCGACUCCUGGGUGUUUCAAUUGUUCAGGUUUGAGUCAUCUCCCGAAAACAAACAAUACUAUGGAGGCCGAGGGUUGGGGUUGUGAAUCUAGAUUGGACAAGGACUGAGGAGUUCAUCAAAAAAUAGACAAAAUGUAGAAUGAAAACUGCUAGACUACUAGGAUGUAGAGUCAGCGCCUCGCGGCAGUUGUACGAGUAAUGAUGUAUGUGUGUAUGAA